UCCAUUUCAACCAAAUGUUGCUUGAUUUUGAUUGCAUGUUUCGUAAUUUAUGAAUUAGUCGGAGAAAGUUUGUGACAAAACAAGUUCCAUAAUAGUUCCAUGAAACAAUGGAUGUGAUCAAAUGUUUUAUUUGUAAUAUGAAUUUUGUGCCGAUUGAUAAUUAUCUUGGAUUGCAUGUUGACGGUGCAAUGACGGCGAUGCCAUUGAAGGAGGUCCUUGAAAAAUCCUUACAUAUUGUAGCUGAUGUUGAAAAUGAAUAUUUUUGCAUGAAAUGUAUUCAGAAAAUAGAAGAAUACGACGAAUUGGUCCAACAAAUUCGACGCAUUGAAACCGAUUUGUAUGAACUAUUCCAAACGAAGUCAGAGGCCUUUGUCUUGAACAUGAAGUGUGAAUUUGAGGAUCCGGAUAUUAUAGAGAAUCAGGAUGAAACGAAUGAAGAAUUUAUUAAAGACCAAACUGUAAGUGGUGAUCAAAGUAUUGAUGAUGAUGAUGAAGAAGAAAGUAAACAUAAUAUAGUUGAAUUCGAAACGACCUUGCUACAAUUAGAUGAUAAUAAAAAAUCGAAAGUUCGUAAAUGCAGGAAAAAUGUGAAGAACACAUCGAAAGAUCCAAAAUUAGUCAAAAAGAAGCACUACAAAAUCGAACAAGUUUCUUGUGAUGUUUGCGGCCGUAUCUACCAAUCAAAAGGCGCACUUGGCGUUCACUUAGUAAAACACUCCACCAACAAUCCACACGAAUGUAAAAUCUGUCAUAAAACUUUUACACAAAGGAUUGGCCUUAAAAGGCACAUGCCAAUUCAUACGGGCGAGCAAAAUCACCAGUGCGACGUGUGUGGAAAACGUUUCACACAUGCAGCUUCAUUUAACAUGCACAAAAAAAUUCAUAUUGAUGAAAGACCGAAAAAAUGUAACUUAUGUGGUGCAGAGUUUCGUUCGUCGUCUCAUAUUAAGAGGCAUAUGCGGUCACAUACGGGUGAAAAACCAUUUUCAUGUACUAUCUGCGGGCAGAAGUUUACACAAGGGUACAAUUUGAAAACCCAUUUAAAGACGCAUGAAAAGUCACAGUCAAAGUCAACGAGGAUGUUCAUCUGUGUCGUUUGCUCACAAGUAUUCACUCGGCGGGAAAAAUUAAACGAACAUUUAGCGAAUGCUCACCAAAUAGUCGACACACCCUCCAACGGUUUUGAGAAUUUAGCAUAAUUUUUUUAUAAAAAAAAAAAAAAAACAAAGAAUCAUUUUAGUAGUACAAUGAGCGGAUGUGAAGACUUCAAGUCUCUUUGAGCCGACGGUGGCGCAUCGAAUUUCAAAGGGGACGUCAAUGUAAUUUUACAACUCGAAUCGAAACUAAACAGCGCGCCAAUUUUAAAAUUUGCUGUCAUUUCCUCCCAUUGUAGUAGUAUUUAAAGGUGAUUUUGUAUAACAAAUUGGGGAAAAGUCAUACGAGCAAUUUUUCAAAAAAUCAAAAUAUGAGAAAAAAUAAAGAGAAAUU